AAUGCCCAUCGCCUCACACGGAACAUAGCACGCGGCUAUACGCACACCGUGGUGGAAAGGCUCGACCCAGAUAUCGGUGUUUCGAGCGUACACCGGCCGGCCAGAGCGCAGUCGAACAGCGCUGUCUAUCGGAAGCCGCGCUGUUCCUCAGUUCAUCGACUGUCGUCGCGCGGUGCACCAAACUCCUUGCACACCCGUUCGAAACUUCGCGAUCCGCUCUUUAUCCGUUUACACCUCGACACCCCCCGCCGUGUGAGUGCCAGUGACAAGAUACACAGGAUCAAGUGACAUGUGAACACCUCGUACGAUCAACAUCUGAAAUUCAUGGAACCAUCUCCCUGAACAAACUCACGGGCAUUGAACCAAAAUGGUCGCCUCAUACCUCGUCUAAACUAGUCCAAAUGUAUUCAAUCCCAUCGCCCGACGAACUGUUCAGCAUCGACUAGCGAAAAUGGAGAGAGAAGUAUCCGACACCGAAGGAAUCUUCUCGAAAAGAUUGUCCAGCAACUGGGCAGAACUUCCAACCACCCUACGAAAGAAGCCGAAGCAUCGGCCGGAGAUCCUCUCCCAGUUCGUAGAUCCGUCGGAAAUCUCUGAGAACGAGUCGAGAAAAAUCGAACCGAGGCCGUUCAACAACGUUCAAAGACUCGUGAGAAGGUCGGAAUUUUUACGGAAAUUGGACAGCAACGAGAAUGGAAGAAAUCUGGAUUAUCGGCGGGAGGUGAGGAUCGAGAGGAGAUCCGUGCCCGAAUAUUCCUUGUUCCCUCGCGUCGACGAGGAUUACAGGAAGCAUUACGAGGAUCACGAUUCGAAAGUUGGAGGAGGGCCUCAGAGGAAAAAGGCAGAGGUCGGAAAGUUCGAUCAAAAGAAUUUCUCCGACGAGGAACGAAAGACAAAUUCCCCGGACAGUUUGCUGGUCAAGUCCUCGGAGUCUGAUUUGAGCAGCGACGAAUACGGGCAGACGGACGACUCGGGGGCGUUCUUGGAAAAGGCUUCGAACCGUGAGAAGGGAUCGAGGAGCGAGGGGCAGAGGAACAGGUUCAUCAAAUUUUUCGCCAAGGACGAGUGCAAGAGGAAGAAGAAACAGGAAGAGAAGAAGGUGUCGCCGGACACGUCCACCCAAUUGGACGUGAACAAGAACAACGUGAAGCAAAUUUCCAGGAUCGUGGAUACGAAGAAAGACUCGAAAGAGAGGAUGUGCCAACAGAAAUUCGAGUACGAGAACAUACCGAGGAUCGACGUGUCCAAGUUGGAUCAGAAACCGUAUCUGAACCCGAUUGCCUCCACGAUCAAUUCCAUCGUCAACCCGGCCAAUUCCGAUCGUCAAACGCAACCGACGAUCGAGCAAUUGAGGCUCGAGGAGGGUUGCCUUCUGAGAAACUCGAGGAACGCGAGUCCGUCUGGCCCGUUGAGGAUUAUUAUUAAUAAUAAUAAUAACAAUAAUAAUAAUAAUAAUAACAACAACAACAAAAACGUGGAGAAUGUGGAGAAGACAUCGAGAGCUGAGUCGCCAUCCUCGGCCAAACAAUGUCAAAAUGGCGAGGAUGUGAACGAGCUGAUCCAAGAUUUCUACGACAGCGAUCAAAUCGUGGGAAGGGUGAAUGGGGAGAGGAAGGUUUCGAAAAUGGAGACGAUCACGGAAGAGAACGCGGAUGGGAGCAAGCUGAGCGUAAGAGAGAUCUUGAAGAGAUUCGAGGAGCUGAGGACCCAGAACGAGGCGCAAGUGGAGGAGAAGUCGAACGACAAGACCCUCACAACUAUACAGGAGACCUUGAAGAAACUGGACGAGAAGGUCAAGAGCUAUCAGGUCACGAUCCCGAUAAAAUUCUUGUCCUCGAUUAAUAAGUGUAACUUUGUAAAUCUCGUUGAAUUUUUGUGGGUGAGAUUCGAUACACGAUCGAAAGAUCUUUACGUUUUGAUUUUAAAUUUGAUCGAAUAUUCAGAAUAAUGAAAUUGAUAAUAAAUAAUAGGAAUAUAAAGUGGAUUUUGCAGGAAUUUAUUUGAAAAUUUUGAGGAAAUUUUCUUUUUUUUCUUUUUCUAAUUUGAAAUUAAAGCCUAUUUUACAUAUCGGUGAGUUUUAUUCACCCAAAACGCGAGAAUUGAAUAAUUAAUUAGCCGCAAAUUGGAUAUUUCGUCUAACGAGCUUCUAUUUUAUUGUGUUAACGCCUGUUUCGUGACUCUUUUGUUACGAGUUAACAUGCUUCGAGUCAAUUACUACUUGAAUAACUAGUUAUAUCAAAUUAUAUAACAUAGGAAGACUAACAGAGUAUUUUAAUUACAUAAUAUUUAUCAACGAACCGUAGACAGUAUAUUAUCUAGGAUCUAUAUAAUUUUUACGAGGAGUUGUUUAAUUAAGAAGGCAUAAUAAUCGAAGAAAAAUAAUUGAUGAUGAAAGAUCAUUAUCCAGAGACGCAAAAAAUAAAAAAAAAUAUUCAAA